AUGUCUGCUUCAUUCUACUACUCACAUAGUAAGGUGGUGCAAGAGGUAACGUUCUUAGACCUGAUAUCGAAAGUCAACAUCAAACUUGGUGAUAGUUGUUUAGAUAUUGGAUGCGGUCCGGGCAAUAACACAAAAAUACUGUCAAACCAUGUAGGACGAACUGGAUUGGUAAUUGGUAUCGACUCUGACCGUGAACGGAUAAAUCAUGCGCAAAAAGCACAUGCUGAUGUUGAAAACUUAGCAUUCAAGUGCAUGAAAAGCAUCGAAGUACCACUGGAGUUGAAAAAAUUUGACUUAGUGUGUAGCAACGCUGUAAUGCAUUGGAUGUCAGAUGCAGAUAAAUUGAUAACAAUUGGUAAAGUGUUCGAUAUACUACGACCAGGUGGGAUAUUUGCAAUCAAUGCUAAUCUGAACGUGCCUCCUAAUAUUUUACGACUGCUGUCCCUUGUGGAUGAUACAAACGUGAAGCGAGAUAAAAUUGAUUUGGAAUUUUCAAGCAAGGCAGGUUAUAAAUCAAUGCUCACAUCUACAGGAUUUGAUGUGAUUAGUAUUGAUGAAAUCAACUAUGAUUUUCCAUUUACAAACCUUGAUGUGUAUUUAGAAUGGAUUCGAGCUUCUGGAGAUAUUCAUCUCGAUUUAAAAACACUUUAUGAGGAUAAUUCAAACCAAGUCGAGUUAGAUAAAUACGAGGAUGGGAAAACUAUAAAACAUUAUGCGCUCUGUUUAAACGUAAUUGCCAGAAAGCCAAUUAGUAAAGACCUUUAA